AUGACUGCCGGGGAGCCCGAGGUCGAGAAGAAAGAGCCCAUCACCACUGAUCCGUCCAGCGAUAGCCAGCCUUCCUACGAUGAUGUCGAGGCUGCGCAUGGUACGGUCGAGCACAUCAGCCCCUUGAAGCGUAGUCUUCAGGGCCGCCAUAUGCAGAUGAUUGCCAUUGGCGGUGCUAUUGGUGCUGGUUUGUUCGUCGGUACAGGAGAAGCUCUGUAUGAGGGUGGCCCUGGGUCUUUGCUUCUCGGUUACUUGAUCGUCGGUGGAAUGCUCUUGUUGACCAUCCAAGCCCUGGGAGAACUGGCCGUCCUGUACCCUGUCAAUGGCGCUUUCUUCACGUAUUGUGUGCGGUUCAUCGACCCUUCAUGGGGCUUCGCCGUUGGCUGGGACUAUGCGAUCGGUUGGCUGAUUAUCUUGCCCUUUGAAAUCACGGCGGCAGGUAUCACGAUACAGUUCUGGCGCGACGACAUCAACAUCGGAGUCUGGGUUACUGUCUUCCUUGUUGCUCUGUCUGCCAUCCAGAUCUUCGGAGUGAGGGGAUACGGGGAGGUCGAGUUCGUCCUUAGUAUCAUCAAGGUCACCGCCCUCCUCGGCUUCAUCAUCCUGGGCAUCGUGAUCGACUGCGGUGGUGCCCCGAAAGGGUCUUACAUCGGCACCCAUUACUGGUUCGACCCAGGUGCCUUCACCACCUUUGAGGGCUUCUGUGCCGUGUUCACGACGGCAGCGUUUGCAUUUGGCGGCACGGAGAUGACCGGUCUCGCGGCCGCCGAGGCCGCCAACCCGGCCAAGUCAAUCCCCAAGGCGACCAAGCAGGUGUUUUGGCGCAUCACCCUCUUCUAUGUCGUGGGCACUUUUAUCGUGGGCUUGAUUGUGCCCGCCAAUGCCGACUACCUACUCGGCUCGUCCGGGGCAAACACCAAGGCGUCCCCCUUUGUGGUCUCCAUUCAGAACGCAGGCAUCAAGGGGCUCCCCUCCGUGAUGAACGCCGUGAUCACCAUCUCCGUGAUCAGCGUCGCCAACUCGGCCACCUUUGGGUCCAGCCGCACCAUCCAGGCCCUCGCCGCCAACGGCAUGGCGCCCAAGUUCCUGGCUUACGUCGAUAACGCCGGCCGCCCGCUGUACUGCAUCCUGCUGCAGAUCGCAUUCGGCUUCCUGGCUUUCAUCAACGAGGCCUCGUCCACAGGCGACACCAUCUUCACCUGGCUGCUCGCCCUGUCUGGUGUCUCCAACUUUUUCAUCUGGGGCAGUGUCUGCUUCGCGCACAUCCGCUUCCGCCAGGCCUGGAAAUAUCACGGCCACAGCGUCGACGAACUCGCGUACGCCGCCCCCUUUGGUGAGAUCGGCAGCUGGAUCGGCCUCUCCCUUAACGUCCUCUGUCUCAUCGCAGAGUUCUACGUCUCCAUCGCGCCCCUCAACGCCACGGACUUCUUCGAGAAUUAUCUCUCCGUCCCCUUGAUCCUCGCCCUCUACUUCUGCUGGAAGAUCUACUCGGCUAACUCCAAGGACCCCAAGAUCAACAACCGCGGCUGGAAGAUCCUCCUCAACAUCGAGGAAAUAGAUGUCAUGAGCCAUAUCCGUGAUGGAGCCUUGGACGUCGACCUCCCGCCUCGCAAGGUCUAUGCAACUUGGGGCGAGUGGUUCAAGGCUGCCCCCAUGAGGAUGGUUCGGUCUUUGAUUUAA